AUGGAAGAGGUCCCACGUUUAGUGUCCGAGAUGACCAGCAUGUUUCAACAACGCAUGGCUGACUUCGAGCGGCAGCAGAGAGAUAACGCAGGCGCAGCAAAUGAAGCCACACCAGUGCUCUCAGCAGAGUUCGUAGCAUUCCGGAGCUUUAUUAUGCAGUUUCUCUGUGUAUUCCAACAGCAAGUGAGCUUCAUGGUGCAGGCCAUGGACGAUAUGCAGAUGCGCAGCCGGCGUAAAAUACUUCUUCUGCAUGGUGUGUCGGAGUCGGAUGCAAAGGAGGAAGACACUAAGCAAGUGGUGGUAAGAGUUAUCAAGGACCGCCUUAAGCUUGAUAUAAAACCAACCGACAUCAAGCGUUGCCACCGUAUGGGGCGAACCUCACAAAAGGCCCGACCCAUCCUGCUCAAGCUGCAUGAUGUGGCUCUCCGCGAUAACAUCUGGCGUGAUAAAACAAGGUGCAAGGGCUCGGGUGUUACAAUCUCGGAGUUUUUGACAAAGACCCGACACAGCGUCUUUAUGGAAGCUCGGGCGAAGUUCGGCGUCAGUCAGUGUUGGACGAGGGAGGGCAUUAUCUUUGUCCUUGACUCAAAAGGUGUUCGACAUCGAUUGACUUCCAGGAACGAGCUCGAUAAUAUCGUUCUCCAACAACCUGAGCAAGGUGCUGCUGAACCUGUCGUUGCAGCUACUGGAAAAGUGGUGCCCAAGGCAAGGCGUGCAGCAUCUCGAAAAUAA